CCCCUCUCUCCCUCAAUUUUAUUCCUCCAAAUUAAAUUUCCCAUGUACAGAUCCCCUUUCGAUCCACUUCUCCCCUACAAUCCUCGUAUCUACUCUAUUAGCCACUCAUGUGAACGUCCCAGAGUCCACCUUGCCCUUCCUUACUCCUUCACCCAUUGGAGCGCCUUCAGGACCAAUAAGUGUAAGCUCUGUGAGAAGCCCCUGCGUGCUUGUAGGGAGGAACUCAGCCAGAGGGUACAGCAGAAGUAUGGAUGUGUGCCUAUAAAGCACGGUGUGUACUAUGAGUGAUAUAAGACUUUUGAUGAACUACAUCCGGAUAUAACUGAGGAAGAAGAGGAAGAAGAAGAAGAAGAGGAAGAAGAGAUGAUUUAUCAAUACCAAGAAUCUGAAGUGUCAGAAAUGUCAGAGUAUGAAUCAGAAGAUUUACCAUUUGAGGAGCUACCUGAAGUGAAGAAGGAAGCUCAACUCCAAAGCUCUGUUGUUACUGAAGAGGUUUUCCAAGAGAAUUUCACUAAGUCAUACUAUUUUGAAGCGUUUAAUAGAACUGAGAGGAUGCCUAAGUUAGAAGAGGCAAUGAAAGAUCUUAAGGACUUAUUCCACCAUGAUACCGAAAUUACCAAUAAAAUUUCUUCAGCUUAUACACCAAAUGACCCCGCUGAAGAUUGUAUGGUGGUCACUAAGCUCUGGACUUCAAGCGAUGAGUUCACGAAGACACUGAAUGCAGGCCUUGCCCUUGAUGCGGUGGCUACUUUUGGAGAAGAGGUCUUUAAGGGCGCACAGUUUUAUGAGAGUGUAUUGGCCAAAUGUGGUAAAAAUUACAAAGAAGUUAUUGAUAAAAGUAUUAAAUACAUGAGAAUGUUGAGCACUUAUAUCGCUGAUCAAGGUUCAGAUGCCAACACUGAAGACAGAUCAGUCUACCGUGGAGUCCCUGCCAACGUGCUUCAACGCAUCGAGACAGGCGAGACCUUCAGGAUGGUCACUUGGGGCUGCGCUAGUGAGAUAUAUACAGAAGCUGAGAAAUUUCUUCAAGGGAUGACACAGACAGAAGAAGAGAAGAAGAAAGUGACCAGGAAUACGAUGAUUAAGUUUAAUGUUAAGAAAGGAUCGAAAAAUGCAGGGAAGAUUAAUAUGAUUGGGAUGUCGGAUUAUUCAUAUGAGAUGGAAACAUUGAUACCUCCCUACUCUGCAUCGGUUUGUGUGAAGAAGGAGGUGAUCAAGAACAGUGAAGUUAAUGAAGGAGCCUUAAUGGUAUCAGGGCCAUCACCAGUACCUUCAGGAAUGCAGAAGAACACAAGAGGUAUGUCUCCUAAAGAAGAAAGUAAAACACCCGAUGAGACAGAGGAGACUGCAGCAACUAAUGAGGAUAAGCCUUCUAAUGAUGCUAUUUCUGGGGUGAUAAGCCCUGAGAUACAUGAGAUAAGCAAAGCAGUAGUUGCUCAGUGCUUAGAUGACAAAUCAAAUACCUUACUUGGCCAUUUCCUUACAUUUAUGACAUCAUCGCUGCUCAGCGAUUUAUACAACAAUAAAAAUGAUGAAGGAAAAAUUGAUGAAGGAGAGGGAGAGAAGAGUGAAGGAGAAGGGGAGAAGGUUAAACCAACUAUCAUCAAAACAAAUGUGAUCGUACUCGACUUGGCCAAAGACAAUCAAGAAUUCAAAGACAAUAUUAAAGUAGAUUUUUAG